AGAUAGGAGAAUCUGUCCUCGAGAUAACAAGCACACAGCUCAACCUGGUGUCCAGCUUCACGCCAACGGAGAAACUGUUUCAAAAUGGCCUCAGCUUCCUGUCGCGUGUUUAUGUUGUUGAUGUCGAUGUUGUCGGCGGUGAAAGGGGCCCGGACGUUGUUUGACGACGCCAGAUAUUACGGGGGGACUUCGUUUACAGACUACCUGACCAAGGCAGGACUCAGCUCCAUGCUGAAACAGCCAGGAAACAUGAGCCUCUUUGCGCCUGUUCCGACGGCCUUCCAGUCCCUUCCAGCAGCCGUGAACCAGAGUCUGGCGAAUGACCCGGCCUUCCUGAAGAACCUCAUGUCCUACCACAUCGUCACCGAAAGCGUGGUCUCAGCGUCCUUCGUCGACGAGGAGUUGCUUCCCACUGUUGCUGGAGCCGCCGUUCGCAUCAACAAGUACAAUAACAGUGGCAAUGAGAUUACGACGGUGUCCGGCAGCCCCGUGCUCCUCGUGGACCUGCCCUGUAGCAACGGCAUGUUGUUUAUGAUGAAGAAAGUCAUCUACCCUGUGCCUACCGGAAGUGCUUUCGACUAUGUGGCCGAAAGUGACAAUUUCAGCAGCCUCCGCUUUGCCAUCACCAAGGCCGGCAUGUCCCAGGUGUUUACAGCUGACAAGCAGACGGUAUUUGCCCCUGACGAUGCCGCCUUUGCUCGCCUACCCCCCGGAGUCAUGGAUAUCCUGCUGGAUGACAUCCCCCGACUGCAGGGCGUGCUGCGACACCACGUGGUGAACUCAGGGACCCUCUACAGUGCUGGGCUCUAUGCUGGUCAGGUGCUGAACUCCUUACAGGGCACGCUACAGAUAGGAGCCGGCGGCUUGACAGUGAAUGGAUCCAACAUCACUACAGCGGAUGUCACUGUGACCAAUGGCGUUCUCCACACGAUCGACUCAGUGCUGAUCUCCGCCUAGAUCCCCACCUUGAUCCCCGCCUAGAUCCACACCUAGAUCCAUGCCUAUAUCUACGCCAGAUCCCUACCUAGAUACCCUGCCAGGAUACCCCGCCUAGAUUCAUGUCUAGAUCCCAACCUAGAUCCACGCCUGGAUCCCCACCCUGAUCUCCGGCUAGAUACCCUGCCAGGAUACCCCGCCUAGAUCCCAUCGUAUAGUCUAUAGGUCGGCGCAAGGCCCCAGAGCUCAGUAGGAAUGUCCGUGCAUGUAGCCUGAGUGACAUGUUCACAAACGGCUGGAUCUGGUGUCGCCCUUGCCAGCCAGAACAAUAUGUACUCUGCAUCUAGAAUUGGUAGAAUAAAUGUUUACAGUCA